UCUUUGGUAUCGUCUUGUGUAAUGUGUAUAGUUGUCAAUGUGUGUGUGGGGGGAAAAAGUGGUAGGUUAGUGUUUGUUGUAUGUUCUGUUAGUUUUCACAUGUGUUGCGGCAACAGUUACGGCAAGACUAAGUAGCCAUCUGGCAUUUUUCUCUACACAGCUCCCGCCAGCCUACGACUGGUAGAGAAAUUAUGUCAUGAUUCAAGUUUCUAUUCGUUGUUAUCGCCUUGUGGAUGAACCACCUGAGAAACCCUACUAUGUUUAUGUAAUAGAGACGCUAUUGGCUGGAAAGUACUAUUCUGUAGAGAGAAGAUACAGUGAAUUUUUGAGAUUGCACAAAGAGUUACGGAAACACUACAGUACACCAGAGUUUCCACCAAAACGUGUGCGUAGCUCGCACGCAAAGGUACUGCAACGACGGCAGCAGUCUCUGGAGCGGUACCUCCGUGCCAUGCUGGCAGCAGAUCAAUCGAGUCGCUCUCAGGUUCUUACAUUUUUAGGUGUACCACAGGAAGAGCAGUUUGGGUCUUCAGAGAACAUUGAAGAUAAGAGCAUUGAUCACCAACCAGUCUUCUAUUUCAAGGCAGACCCUUUCUUGGAGCAUGUUGGAGAUGAUGCAUCAUCUGAUAUUAUAAUUCAAGGUGUUUUCCAAGCACUAUAUGGCAAAAACGAGUAG